UUUUGUAUUUGAGAUUUUAGUGUUUUGAGAGAGUUAUAAGUGUUUUUCUACAUUUUCUUCUAUUAAAACCCGAAUUUUCAGCAUGGAAAUUGAUCUAGAACAAUCUGACGAAGAGUUUGUCAUACAGAAAGCCAAGGAUGCUUUUAAAACUGACCCUUAUAUGGCCAAAGCUUUGAUGUUGACUGCCAAAUCGCUUUAUCCUAACAAUUUUGGUGUACAGUUUGAAGCCUAUUUGAUAGAGAAAAACGCUGGAAAUGUUAAAGAAGCUGCAAGGUGUUUUAGUGAUCUGAUUAGCAAGUUUCAGCAAACUCCAGACUUGUGGAAGGAGAUAGAAAAGGUUACUUCAGCUCUCAGGUCUGAAACCGAUAGUGAUGAUGCUGAAAAACAGUUUUUAUGCGAAAUGUUUAAGCAUAUAUCGUCGGAUGUUCAACAUAAGUUGCUGCUGUUUACUGCAGAUCACUGUGAAGACACUAUGGAGCACUGUAGAUUGCUGUUGUUGCUUUUACAAAGGUUUCCAACAGCUAUAUCAAGUUAUGGGCCAAGACUUGUUGAUACAUUAAUGACAGCAGAAAAACACAGUGUAGAUGGUCAUUACCCAAUUAACCCUUACAGGAAGCUCCUAGUUUGUGAAUUACUACCUCUUCUGGCCAAACAAGAAAUAAACCUUGAAUUAAAUUCAAAACUCUUACUGAAACUCUUACAGAAAGCUGUUGAAUACUAUUUGUGUUAUUUGGGAAGGUCUAGUACAACAUUACAGGAUACAGAAUCAAGCAUAGAAAAUACUUGGUGUAAGUUGUUCUCCAUGGUUGAAUUUAUAGGAAAACAACUUGGUUGGGAACAGUAUUUAAUUAACUUUAACUUGAUUUUUACUAAAGAAAUCUAUUGGCAAGUAAUACUGACUCAUUAUCAGGCAAGAACAAAGAACAAUCUGAUCACUGACGAUAAACAACUACUGUACUGUCUGUCUCUAUUUUUUUUGUAUUGUUUACAUGAAUAUAACGGUAGUCUUUCCCCUGUUUCAUCUCCUGGACAGACUGCAACAAAUUAUCUCUUAGUUGAAGCAUUCACAGAUCCCACACUUCCCAACCCAAUGUCUGAACCAAAGAGCAAAAAACGCAAAAGUGACACUGAAAUAAUCCACACAACUAAUCCAUACAUUUCUGUCGAAAAGCCAGAACUCAAAAAUAUUCACAGCAAUUUUCUGAUGUGUGUUAAUUGUUGGGAUUUGCUACAUUCUUCAGAAAAUCUUCACAGGGAAUUUAUAAAAAUACAUUCACACUUAAAGAUAGACACUUGGCUGUCUGUUUUUUUGAUUGAUUAUGCCUUGUACACUGCUAGGUUUGACGAGUGUCUUGUAAGCUUACAAAAAAUUACAGACAGUUCUUUGAUGUUACACAAGUACAUCAGGCUGGCCAGUAUACUGUAUAUUAAGAAAAACUACAGUUCAUGUCUGGAACCAAUUUUACUGGCCUUGCCUUUGUUGCCAGUGAACAAUUCUGGCAAUUUAAGCAAUGGUUUGAUAGUUGGAGGCAAUCAGAGACAUUUGCAUUAUUUGCCGUUGACAAGGAUGGCAGUGUUGCAAUAUUUAACGAAAAUUCUUUUGAGAUGUAUAAAGGAAAAUAUGGGCAAACAUGAUUACAGCGAACUAUCUAUAGGUCACAUUUUUGUCUUGGUACAAUUAGAUUGGCCACAAGAAGAAGAUUUUGUACCCUCCCUUUUAGAAGAAAUUAAACAGCACAGGUCAUUUCAGUACCAUCUUUUCCAGAACUACAUCAUUAAUGUGGACAUAAUGGAAGAACUGAUGUAUUUAUGGACACCACAGGGUGGACAAAUUCACUUAGAAAUUCUUCCUAACUUGAGUAGUCAGAGGAGAAUAGGCACCAGGGGCGCCGACAAGGGGGCCAAAGAAGAAAUGAAACAAGCCAUCAAAAGACAGAUUGCCAGAAGCAACGAAAGAUUAGACGAUUUGUUGAUUAAUUUCAUACAAAAUGAGCGCGCCCUGAUCUUACAAGCGCUGGUAUGAUUUAGACAAGACCUAGUGAUGUACCCUGUGAAUCCCUGAGAUCUGUCAAACGAUUCUGACAGAAGAAUAGCGGUAAAGUCUGACGAUUUAGUUGUUUUUCCGGUUUUUAAUUGUUCCCAACUGACUGUAAAGAAGAGAAGUGUAAAAAGAUGUGUCAAAGAAGGGAAGUGUUCUGUAGUGAUUACCCCUGUAGUAGAUGGACAUGAAAGUAAGGUUGCUAUUGUAAAGUGUGCUGAUGAUAUAAGUAUUAUAGCCAUUCUGUAAAGCUUUUUUAAUUUUAGAAUACAAAACAUCAACAAAU